AAAGGUUCUUUCUAAUUCCUUCACCCCCCUUUAUCUUUCCAAGCCUCAUAACUCCUCGCCUAAACCGGCAACCCUCCAUAUAUAAACUGCCAAAAGGUAGGAUCAUUUUAUAGAGCUGCGUGCCAGGCUGAAUUAAAGGCCUGAAUGGCUGAAUAUUUACACCGCAAUAAAACAGUGAUAAAGCUGCUUCCUGUCUCUGUGGAGUGACCAGAACCAUCUGCCCUCGCCUGCCCUCCCUCUAAAUCAUCCCACUCCAGGGGGAAGAUGUCCCUGAAAACCUCAACCAGCAACAUUACAAACAAAAAUGACCCAAAGUCCUUGAACUCCAGAGUUUUCAUUGGGAACCUAAACACAGCUGUGGUGAAGAAAAGUGACGUGGAGUCCAUCUUCUCCAAAUAUGGCCGAGUGGUGGGCUGCUCCGUGCACAAAGGAUAUGCUUUCGUACAGUAUAUGAAUCAGAGGAACGCGCGGGGGGCAGUGAUUGGAGAGAAUGGACGUGUACUUGCUGGGCAGACACUGGACAUUAACAUGGCUGGGGAACCAAAGCCCAACAGAUCCAAAGGGCUGAAGCGAGCUGCGGCUGCACUGUACAGUGGUUACGACUUCGACUUUGACUAUUGCAGGGAUGACUUCUACGAGAGGCUGCUUGAGUAUCGUGGUAGGGUCUCUCCUGUCCCUCGUACUGUCCCUGUUAAACGUCCACGAGUGACUGUUCCACUGGUACGAAGAGUUAAAUCUGCCCUUCCCGUAAAACUUCUUGCAAGAUCUGCAGCUAUCACAGGGAGUGCGGCCCGACUGAAAUUAAGACGCAAUGAAAUCCAAACGAUAAAAUCUGAACUCACGCAGAUUAAAACAAACAUUGAUGCUCUGCUGGGGAGGUUGGAACAGAUAACAGAUGAACAAAAACCCUGCACAGCCAUAACAGCCAGAAAGAAGUCAGACUGCAGCCGAAGUGAAUUCUCCCAGGACGACAGCACGUCGGAGGCCGGGGACACGAAUAACGACGAUCCCCUUAACGGAGAUGAAGUAGAGGACCUGACACAUGACGAGUCCACAGAUGACUUGGAUAUCAGUCACUACACAUCCUCCUCUCUCCACUAACAAGCUUCAUUCAAGGGUUUAGGAUCUGCAGAGGGGACGUCACUACCAAUGCCAAAUAUCGGAGGAUCCCAGGCCGCCUCACCUGCAACAGACCCAAGACUGGUAUUAUCUACACAGAGACUUUAUCCUUCAUCAACACCAAGAGACAGUGACCAGGGAGAAAAUGAACCACAUGAUUCCUGUACAGAGCAGGAAUUGUACAGACACACCAGUGCCCUCCAACAUCAUCAGUUUGCCUCUCCGGACU